CCCUGUUUUCAAAGACCACAGAAACAACGACGCGCUGCUUGCGAAAAUUUUCAAUUAUUAUUGUUUGUGCCCCGAAAUUGAGUAAUAAAAGCAGAUGGAAUCUUCGGCGGUAAACGAAAUAGCAGCGGGCUUGGGUGGCGAAAAGCUGGAAGUGUUCCGAAAGCUUAACCUUCUGGAACAGCAUCGAGUGGAGAGCUUCAAAGAUUGGCCCUUUCCCGAGACGUCUUCAUGCAGCAUUUCCAAGAUGGCUGAGGCGGGAUUCUAUUGGACAGGGACCAAACGGGAAAAUGACACCGCCACUUGCUUUGUGUGCGGAAAAACCCUCGAUGGUUGGGAAUCCGAGGAUGAUCCGUGGAAGGAGCACCUCAAACAUGCCCCCCAAUGCGAGUUCGUAAAGCUAUCGUGUGCCGAAAAGGAUUUAACUGUCUCACAAUUCCUCGAAAUACUCGGAACCGUUGUCAAAUGCAGCAUAGAGAAAACAUGCAAAGCCUUUAAAAUGAGCUUCAUCCGGGAAAACGAAGAGCGUCUAAAUGAGUUUACGCAUAAUGCAAAAUAGAGCGCUAGUUUUUUAAUUUUAAAAUAAUAUAACAUAUAUUUAACAUGUCAUGUAUAAAGAUUUUAUAAUAAAAAGGAAUGUUUAUGCCGUA